GUGACUAAUGCUGGCUAAACUUCAGAAUAUCCGAAUGCUAGCUGGAAGACGUCCUUUUAGACAGGGAUUAUUUCAAGUUUUCAGCAGAUUCCAUGUUGCGGUGUUUCUGUGCAGUAACAGAUCACAGAAGACGUCAGUGAUACCUCGUCAGCUUCUUUCUUGCUCUUACCACAUUUUGACGUCAUCUCUGAUCUGUGAUCUACAUGUCCUACUGAACAGACGCUUGGCAACAUAGAGCCUAAAAUUCCGAAAAACUGGAGAACCAUUGCGAGAUGCAGCCACUAGAGGGCGCAUACAUUCACUCCGACGAAGGGCUAGCGCUCGAAACGUCAGCUUUUGUAAUCGUUACGAAUGCAGUCAAAUUUUGAGGUGAACAUACAGCAUAUUCAAGAUGCUGCAAAAAGAAUUGAGCCAUUUGUACACAAAACCCCAGUGAUGACAUCUGGAACUCUUGACAGAAUGGCUGGCAGAGCCAUUCAUUUUAAGUGUGAAAUCUUCCAAAAAAUAGGUGCUUUCAAGAUCAGAGGGGCAAUGAAUGCUGUUAUUCAGCUGUUAAAUUCUCUGCCUGAUGGUCAGAAACCUGUGUUGGUCACUCACAGUAGUGGAAACCAUGCUCAGGCAAUUGCUCUGUCAUCAAAAAUCAUGGGACUACAGGCUGUUAUUGCUAUGCCAAUAAAUGCACCCUCAGUUAAGAAGGCUGCAGUAAGAGAUUAUGGUGCUACUAUUGUUGACUGUGGUGCAUCAGCUGAGGACAGGGAAGCAACUUCUCAAAGAAUCCUUCAAGAGACAAGUAAUUCCUAUCUUAUACCUCCAUUUGACCAUCCUCAUAUUAUUGCUGGCCAGGGUACUAUUGGUGUGGAAUUAUUGGAACAGGUACCAAACUUGGAUGCAAUAGUUGUUCCAGUUGGUGGCGGUGGCAUGCUGAGUGGGAUUGCUAUUGCUGUCAAAGCUUUGAAGCCUGCCAUUAAAAUUUAUGCUGCUGAACCUGCAAAUGCUGAUGACUGUGCUAAAUCAUUUGCUGCAAAUGAAAGGAUUCCACUCCAAGGCCCUCCUUGUACUAUAGCUGAUGGAUUGAGGACUAGUAUAGGCCAUGUAACAUGGCCAAUCAUAAAAGACAAUGUAACUGAUGUCAUAACUGUCACAGAAGAAGAAAUCAUAGCUGCAAUGAGGAUACUGUGGGAAAGAAUGAAGCUUUUAAUUGAGCCAUCAGCAGCUGUGGGUGUGGCAGCUGUUUUGUCAGAGAGAUUCAAAGCACUCCCUAAUCUGAACAAUGUUGCUGUUGUGUUAUGUGGUGGCAAUGUAGACCUUGAUAAUCUCCCUUGGAAGAAGUAACAAGUGUAAUUCAGUUUUUUCCAGGGGAGAAAUCCAAACAAAAUAAAUUUAACUAUGAAUUAGCCUGCAUUGCUGGCAUCUUAUUAGGGAGAGUUAAUGUUGAGAGGCUUGCGAUUGCUUAUUCAUCCAGCCAUGAUUGAGUCAACUGUGGGUGGAGGGUGUGAAGAAAGGCAAGAUAAUUAACUGGGUACUUGCCAGCCAAAAUCACACUUGCUCUGCAGACUAACUAUAAAGUUCAAUUUCCCAUGGGAUUGUUAAAAUUGGUCUAGUAAUAAAAGAUAUUGCAUUUUCUAUGUUCAGCUGGAAUGUUAUACUAGGCAGUGAUAUAUGCCACCCACAGGGUAAAGCGUGCAAUUGAGAUUGACAUAGCUGCUGUUAUCCCAAUCUUUGUACAUUGAAGUAACUCAAGGUAUGUCACUCCUCCUCAAAGAGAAUAGAAAAUAUUGCACGCUAGUCCAUCACCAGUUAACUACUGCAUAUGAUUGGGCUUCCACAAGUUUGCCAGAAUACUCUAGCCCUUAGCGUGUCACUCAAAUCUUUUCAUCAAGAGUUUAGCAUGCUAACCAUUGCAUUCCCCCCAAAAUUUAUUGGAUAAAAUAUUCUUGGUUUUCACAUGGCAUCCUCAAAAUCAAAAAUUAAGGAACUAUUAAUCCUUUUAAGAUUUUAUUUUAGCUAUUAGAACAGUUGAAUACUUAUCUUUUUACAAUUUUUCAGUUUGAUAGGGUUUUUCAAUGUUGAAUCUCUAAGCUGUUGUGUGACAUGAUCUUAAAGUGGUGGCCAAGAAUGCUGUCAUGUAAGGUAAAAGAAAAGUGACGUAGCGGCUUAGAUUUUGCAAUCUGAACAAUCUGUGAAUGGGAAAGGGCACUGAAUAGAUGUUUAAGAUGACUACAGGCUCUUUAUAGCAAAACUCCAUGACACGUGUUUGUUAGCUUCUGGCUGCUAUACUCGAGUCCCUCAGAGGAACACAAACAUGGCAUCCCCCAAUUAAGCCUUAAAAUUUGAUUAAAACAGUUCUUCUUAUAACUCCUUUGUGAAACAAGACUAUUUCAGUAUUCAUCUUCUAUUAUCUCUUUGAUUCUUGACUUUAUUUGUUGAAUGGUUUUGAUGAUGGUGUGACAUUGUAAACUAGCAAUUUAGUAAAUUUGUGAAUGACAUUUACAGGCUUCUCCACAGCAACAUCUUGCCAACAUGUAAUAAUUAACCAAAGUGGAGGUGAAUUAUUGUUUUAGUAUAUACCACACAGAAAUCAAAACAUAAUUUAUUUUAAUUUAUGGAAAAAUUGUAAGAAAAUUUAACUCUUGACGCGCAAUGUUGACUCAUCAGCUGCUCGGAGGUGAAUAUUACUUCCAAACCAGCCAGUCAGUGCAUGUGGAAUGCACUAUUCACAAAACCAAGGUCUGAGUCACCUGCUGAAGCGAUAGGCUAAAGCAGAUAACACAGACAUGAUGGUUGAUAAUUCAUGAUAUCAUGCAGAAACCAAACUUAAUAAUAGCUUUAAUUUCAUAUUUUUUUUAAACAAUUUUCAAAGGGGACACUGCACAGACAACAGGCUUGGAAACUAGGCAGGCAUGCAAUACAUGCAACAAGUAAUUAUUGCAUAAUCAUGUCAACUUAACACACCAUUGUAUAUUGAUUGAAUGCUAUCAACCAAUCAGAUCUUUCAAAGUAAGUCAUGUAUGAUAACAAAAGUACAUGGAAAAUAAAUUACUACAAAAUUUUUA